AUGCCUCCUAGUGAGACCAACAAUUCUGACAAGACCGUUGUUGGUGAAACGCCGAAGCCUCCUCCUCUUGUUGAGACCGACCAUGACGAAACUGCAAAGCUGGAUCAAGCUACUACAACCCACGAAGAUGCUGACGAGAUGAUCGUUAUGGAAACGUCAGUGCCUCCUCCUCUGUUGUCCGACAAUGUUCCUUAUGUCGAAGAACAUGGAGACAAUGUUGUCAUCAAGCUGGAUCUGAUGGAUGUUGAAACUAGAAUCAACCUUGAGCGAGUGCUCAACAUGUAUGCCUUACCAGAGACUCACUAUGAUCGAAUCAUCAGCCCAAUUCAAUUGGUUGCUGAUUUGCUCCGUUUGAAUUUUUUUCAAGUCGCCUUCUGCUUGGAUGCCGAUGACCUUGCUGCUUGGGAUUGGAGACAAGACCUGCCAACAGCAGACAAAGUGCCAACUGACCAGGUUCGUAUCAUGCACAAGCACUAUCAAGUCAUUGACCAAGAACGGCCUGAAGAGGCAAAAAAGCUGAAGGGUAGAAUCAAAGGACUCAAGUCUUGGAGGCACUAUCUUCGUCUUUGGAGGCAAGGCAGACAGCUCUACUCGAAUUGGCAACAUAUUUUUCGCAACAAGACAAACACUUGGGUCCAGGCCAAGAUUGAAGAAACAUUUUCCGAUUGUGUGACAAAGAAUGAUAUCCAAGAGUCUAUGCGCAAGCUACUUGCCAGUUUUCUGGUCGAAAAGAAGGCAGAAGAACGACAGCAAGAAAUGGCUUCUCGGUCUAAGGAAGGCAAUUUUGUGAUGGGCACUCAGGUGGAUGCAACAGUCAAUCCUGAGACGGCAGUGGGCCAGGGUGAUGAUUCACAUAGCAAUAAUGAUGAUGAGGAUGAUGACAAUACAAAGACUGCCCCUUCCCCUUUUGGUCGCCGCCGCCGCAGCAGCCGCAAACGCAAGACCUUGCCAACAGCAGGGCCCAAGACUACUGGCCUGGAUGAUGAGGACGAAUUUGAUGAUGAAGAGGACGAGACCUCAACUCCAGUCAAAGACAAAACCAGCCAAAAGAAACGGUGUGGUGCCCCAAGCUGA